UAUUAAGAUGUGAUCCUUCCAUAAAAUGAUAUUUCUAUUAACCCGUCAAUUUUUCAAGUGACAUUAGUCAAAAUGAACAAAAAAGACUUAUAAUUUGUAAUUAAAGAGGUUCACAAAGAAAAACAUACAUACAUGCCAGACGACAGUUUAAAACUGAACUCGAUGGAAGCUUUGAUGCACCUUGUGAAAGGCAAUGUAGGAACAGGAAUAUUUGCAAUGGGUGAAGCUGUAAAAUCCGCCGGGAUAAUAGUAGGUCCAUUAUUCAUUUUGAUCGUAGCAGUCCUCUGCGUACAUUGCAUGCAUUUACUGACAAUAACGGCUAAAAGUUUAAGAGAAAAGCACGGCGUUAGCACCCGCCUGGACUUUGCCAAAACAUUGGAAUUAUCCAUUUUGCUCGGCCCACCUCAAGUAGUCAAGUACUCCCUUCAUGCAAGAAAGUUGGUCAAUUAUUGUAUCAUUAUAUCCCAAAUUGGUUUCUGUUGUGUAUAUUUUAUAUUUAUAACCGACAACGUUCAUCAGGUAGCAGAUUACUACGGGAUUGUGAUAGAUUUACGCACAGUAAUGGCCGGACUUUUCGUACCGGUGCUGUUGCCUUGCCUAGUGAGGAAUUUAAAAUACUUAGUACCGAUAUCGAUAAUGGCGAAUAUAUUCAUGUUUUUCGGUAUUUUCAUGGUGAUCGGCUACGCAGUGAACGAUCUUCCUCCUUUUAGCAAAAGGAGGUACGUGGGCGAUUUGUCAAUGUUGCCCCUUGUUUUCGGCACCGCCGUAUUUUGCUUCGAAGGAAUCGCUCUGGUUCUUCCCAUUAAGACGCAGAUGAGGGUGCCCCAUAAUUUUUCUCGUCACAUGGGAGUUUUAAACGUUGGGAUGACGUUCGUAGCGAUUCUAUUCGUCUUUAUGGGGUUUAUAGGAUACUGGAAAUGGGGGGAGGAAGUUUUGGAAAGUGUUACUCUAAAUUUACCUCAAGAUCAAAUUUUGUAUCAGGUGGUGAAAUUAUUAAUUACUGCAGGAGUAUUAUUUACGUAUUGUUUGCAACUGUUUCUGGCUGUAGAAGUGAUGUGGCCCUUUAUAUUAGAAGGAAAAUUGAGGAAUAACAGGCAUCCAGUAGUUUGGGAAUUAUUAUUUCGAUCGAGUCUUGUAUUAUUGACUUUUAUUUUAGCUCAGAUUGUCCCAUUUCUGUCUAUAUUUAUAUCAUUUGUGGGUUCAUUUUGCGCUGCGAGCCUAUGUCUUCUUUUCCCUGUUGUAAUGGACCUGCUGAUGAAUUACGCCGACGAAACGCUCACGACAUACGUUAUUACUAAAGAUUCCAUCAUUUGUUGCUUUUGUUUGUUAGAAAGCAAUUGUGUAGCCGUCGUUUCUUUGGAUUCUUGA